AUGCGGUGCGAUUCCGACCAACUACUGCACAGGACUCGAUGGUUGUUAGCAGGUCUGGAAAAGGAUGACAGGAUCAGUUCGCGGCGCCAUCUCGAGAUCGACGAGGGCGUCAACACGUUCGACCGUAGCAGCGACAACAGACUCAACAUCAUCGAUAUCAUCAGCAACACCAAGAUCACGACGGAGCCAAGGACAAGGGCAGGGGCGGCGGCAGCAGCAGCAGCAGCAGCAGCAGCAGGCCUGACGUCCCCACUAAAACCAGCGCCAGCACCAUCCACAACGGGAACUGGCACCAUUGUCAGCGCCAGCCUGCUGGCAACAGCCGGCGUUCUGAACCCCAAGACUACCAUCACCACUGGCACGAGCAACGCCAGCAGCAGCACAAGCACGGGCCAUGGCAGGGGCCUCGAGCCGCGGCCACGGUGCAGCCAAUGCGGGCGCCGGCGCACAGCCUGCUAUCAUCCUCCUCCCUCUUCUGGACAUAGCCACGGCUUUACGCCCAGCCAUUCGGGGGCUGGUGGCGGACAUGGGCAUUCUGCCGUCGGGCCUGCUGGCCAGGCAAUUCCCAGCGGAAUGCUUAGCUCCGCCGCCCCGGCGUCCCUGCACCCGCACGCUGGUGCAGCCGUUACUGCUGCAGCUCACGCGCGACCCCGCAGGAUCACCAGGCUGAAGUUCCGCGCCUGGAACGGCCCUGGGAGUGCCCAGACCACCAAUCCUCCCAGUUAUACAAAUGCCACCUCAGCCUCAGUCUCCAAUUCCGCUUCGGCUUUUUCUACUCCCCCGACUUCCUCAUCCCCGUCGUCGUCGUCGAACUUGCACAACGGCAACGGCCACGCCAUCCGGCCUGCUACCGGCAGCAGCACCGACACUGACGCCAGCAACCCCUCCAUGGAGCCGCCCGUGCUCUCCUUCUACGGGAAGGAACCCGUGCCGCUGCCCUCACGCUUCGCGCACAUCAAGCGCAGCUUAGUCGAGGGCCGCGAGGCCGAGAUCGAAGCGUCGUGGGCCCGGCUGCUCAAGGCCCUGCGCGACGAUGUCGAGGAUAUCGCGUCACGCGGCUCUAGCCUGACCCCGAGUAUUGACUUUGCCGACAUCCACAACCCCGACGCGAGGGCAGCCUUCCAGCGCGAACUCAAGCGCUAUGGUCUGGGCCUGAUCCGUGGCGUCGUGCCCAAGGCCGACGCGCAAAAGGCCAUUGACGAAACCGUCAAGUAUCUCGAAAAGCAGACCGACUACAAAAAACCGUCGCCGCAGGACCCGACCUGCUUCGACUUCUUCUGGACCCCGGCCCAAGUCCGGACGCGUGCCCAUCCCCGCGUUCUCGAGGCUCAGCGCUUCGUCAUGUCUCUCUGGGACAACAGCGACGACGACCGCAUGGCAAUUCGCUUCCCUAUCGCAUAUGCCGACCGUCUGCGCAUUCACGGCGCCAACAUUGGCAACGUCGGCCCCGACGCGGCCACCGACAAGGACGAAGAGAUGAAGGAUGGAGAUGAGGACGGCGAAGCCGGCACCGAGACUAACACCCCGGACGCUGAUGACGAGGUCGAUGCCCAGAAGGCCGCCGCCGAGCUGCUCGGAGACUUCACCUCGUCGACCGUCAUCGCACAAGUCGAUAGCGGUAGCUUGGAGCGGUGGGAGCCCGACGGUUACGGCCGCUGGGGCACGUAUUCGGCCAUCUUCCGCGGUGAGUGGGAAAAGUACAACCCGUGGGACCCGACUUCGCGACUCAAUGCCACUCCCGACCUUUACAACGGACACGGUGCUUGCAGCAUUUUCCGUAUGUACCAGGGCGUCAUCGCGCUCAGCCCCAUUGAGCCGGGCCUCAUCCGCUUGUUACCCAGCCCGAAGCUUGCCACAGCUUACUUCCUGCUGCGGCCGUUCUUCACUCCAAAGACGAAGGCUCCUGAGCGUCGUGAGGGCCCCGAAUGGGAGGCCUUCCUCGACCCGUCCAAUUGGGUCUUUGAGCGUAACCCUUCGACUAUCAUUCACGGCGCUGUCCCUGGCCACGCUCAGCGUCUGACUGAGCUUUGGCACCCCCACCUGCAUCUUCGUCGUACUCUCGUCACUCUCCCGUCCUUGCAGACCGGCGAUUAUAUCGUUUGGCAUCCCGACAUCGCCUAUCACAUCACCUCUAACAACCCGAACCUCAUGGCAUCUCGCGCUCCGACGCCACCGCCCGAAGAGGACCCUGAUCGCCCACCUUCUCGUCCCGUUUCCAUCCUGGUCUACGUUCCUGCUGCUCCCCUUACGCAGACGAAUGCCCUGUAUCUUGCUCGGCAGCGCAAGACCUUCCAUCGCGGCCACCCUUCACCAGACUUCGAUUCGACCGGCUCUGGUCUCGGCAGUGAGGCGACACACAUCGGCAGGCCGACGGAGACGGAUAUCGCAGAGGUUGGCGGUCCGGCUGGAUUGCAAGCGAUGGGCUUGGCGCCGUUCGAUGUUGCGCCCACUCCUCCUGCCGAUGGCGACAGCGCCUCCUCCAGCUCCAGCGCCACAACUGACGGUGAUGUCGAGAUGAAGGACGCCUCGACGCCCGGCUCGGCAGGCUCUUCCACUGAUGGCAAGAAGGUUGAUGGUGAAACGGGUUCGUCCGAUGCCCAACCCAAACCCUCCACACAAACGCCCACACCGCCGGCGACAGCCACAAUGGCCUCCAUCCUCCCGCCGUCCAUGACUCGCGCUGAAGCCGAAGUCGCCCGGUUGGCCAACAUCAUCUUGUUCCCCGACCGGUACGACUUCUACAUGCCCAAGAACCGUGCCAAGGGCGUUCAUCGGGCGCAGAAACGGCAUGCGCAGGAUGAUGGGAGGAGAGAUGCCGAGCGUGGGCAGAAGAGGCACGCGAGCGAGGAGAGGGGAAAGAGCUUGGCGCAGCAGGAGGUGUCAUCUGAGGAAAAGGGCAAGCAGGUCGAGAUCAAGACUGAGAAAGAGGACGAAGUGACGGAGAAUAGGGAGAAGCAGCAGCAGGAGCAGCCGAAUCAGGAAGAGGACAAACCUCGGACAGACGAUGGCAAAUCAGCAGAGCUGCCUGAGGAAAAAGGGAAAGAGAUCGAGCAGGAAAAGGAGCAAACUGAACAGAAAGAGGAAGACGGCAACAGCAGGUGA